GCCUCCUACUAUCAUACUGUUUCACCACUAACCCACAAUGUUUAAAUACCCCUUACCUAAGCAUACAUCGCCGUUGCGUCAAUUUAAAUGCCUCUUGCCCAAACACGCAUUGCCAUUGCGCCAGUUCCGCACCACGACCGUGCGAGCAAUGUACUACGGACCAGAUUCAGACUCGCAAUUGCAGGCGGCCCAGGAAUCCAUGGGUGAUGCCUUAUCCACCUCCAUCGAAACGGUCGCCUUGCCAUUUGAGAAGUUUGAUGCCCCUGCGGCCUCCACUGCCAAUCCGAUGUUGAUCUUUCACGGCUUGUUUGGCUCCAAAACCAACAACAGAACCGUUGCCAAGUACGUAUAGUCAGCACCCUAGAACGUGGCUUCUGAAAGGCCCAGCCUUGUGCCCCGGUUAUACAUGGAACCAACCCCAUAUUUAACCGAGUUAUCAUGCAAGCACUUACCGUGCAUUGUCCGAAGCAGGCUAGCGUUCGUUCCUCUUCCCAUACUAACGUCCAGACAAUUAUCGGAAGCCCUCAAGCGUGACGUCUACUGCGUAGACCUCCGCAAUCACGGUGAAGCCCCUCACAUCGACCGUCUUGACUACCCAUCGCUCGCUGCGGACGUUGAGCGGUUUUGUGCAGACCACAAAUUAACCCACCCGAUUCUUGUGGGCCACUCUAUGGGGGCCAAAACCGUCAUGGCGGUCGGCUUGCGGAGUCCUGAAUUGGCGUCCAUGAUUGUUUCGGUGGACAACUCGCCUGUGGAUUUGUCCCGCGGUACUGGCUCGGUGUUUGCGCGCUACGUGAGACAAUUGAAGAUCAUCACUGAGAGAGUGAGACCGAUGGUCAAGGAUAUCAAGGAGGCAGACGCGAUUUUGGCUCAGGUGGAACCGCGUAAAGAGGUUCGCCAGUUUGUGUUCACCAACCUUACGCGUGUCAGAAAGCCUGCCGUGGGCGAAUUCCCGUUGCAAUCAAAGAUCCCGUUGAAAAUCAUCGGGGAUGCAUUGGACAAGGGCAAUAUUUCCGGCUGGCCGUUUGAUUCGAGCUACGUCCGUUGGUCAGGAGACAUUCUUUUUAUCAGAGGUUCGAUGUCCACAUACGUUACUGACGAUUUGUUCCCAGAAAUUGGUAAAUUCUUCCCAAGAUUUGAGGUGAAGGACGUGGCGGCAGGUCACUGGCUCAUCAGUGAAAACCCUAAAGAGUUUAUAGAGGUUUUAGUUGAGUACGUCGAAAGAAAGGAAGAGGAGCGCAGGGACGAGUUGGAGGGCAACCGCGACUUGUUCUAGCUUGAAUAGAUGUUAGACCGGUUAGUAAUAUGCCAAGGUGUGACUAGUUAAACAUAGAGGUUUUAUUUUCUAACUGACACAGACAUGUUGGCCGUAUCCCGUAGCUUCGUGUACCCAAAACAGAAAUGUCACUCCAGUUAGCUGCUCGCAUAAAUGCACAUAUCUCCAGCGUCAGAAUUUGCAUGUGUAGCUUCCUCCCAAGUCCCAAUCUGUCUACUCGAAGGUUAAUUUGAACCCAUCUACUGAAUUCAUGUUUUGAAGUUGGGGAGGCGGAAACCAGAUAUAAUGCGGUUGAUUGGAC